ACAAAACUCAAGUAUGGGAAAUUUUGGUUGCAACUAUAUAGCACUCAUCAUCUUUCUUGUGCUGCCAUCUUGUUUCUUUGCAUCAGCAUCAACAACAACUGAAGCUGAAGCUCUUCUCAAAUGGAAGACCAGCUUCUUCAUGUCUUCUUCUUAUCUCGAUUCAUGGUCACGAUCCAAUCUAAGAAACAUGUGUAAUUGGACGGGUAUUGUCUGCAAUGGCACUGGAGCUACUACAGUUUCUCAGAUCAAUCUUCCUAAUGCUGGCCUCUCUGGUACUCUUCACCACCUCAAUUUUACUUCUUUUCCCAGCCUCACUCGUUUCAACAUCACUGGAAACUACAUCAAUGGGUCAAUCCCUCCUGCCAUUGGUGAUUUGUCCGACUUGGUCUUCUUGGACUUGAGCGAGAAUAGGUUUGAUGGAAGCAUACCGCCACAGAUUGGGAAGUUGAGGGAGCUUCAGUACCUCUCUCUUUCCUACAACUAUUUUAGUGGAGUUGUUCCUCAUCAGAUUGGCAAUCUUCGAAAGGUAUGCUUCCUGGACCUUGGAUUUAAUUCUUACUUGGAAGCUCUCCAUUGGUCUAGAGUUAAGAGUUUUCCUGUGUUGAGACAUCUCGGUUUCGCUGGGAAUGGAAUUGGACCAAGGUUCCCUGAUUUCAUACUAGGUUGUAGGAACCUAACUUUUCUUGAUUUGUCUGCAAACAAUUUGAAUGGAUCUAUCCCUGAGUCAUUGUUCACCACUUUGAAAAAGCUUGAGUAUCUCCAUCUUUCUACCAAUGGCUUUUCAGGGCCUUUAUGGCCUAACAUUGGCAAGUUGUUGAACCUCAAAGGUCUUGAUUUGUCUGGAAACUAUUUGAAUGGAUCAAUUCCUGAGUCAUUGUUCUCCACUUUGGAGAAACUUGAGGGUCUCAAUCUUGAAGACAAUAAGUUUUCAGGACCUUUAUCACCUAACAUUGGCAAGUUGUCCAACCUCAAAUAUCUUUUUUUGUCGUACAAUUCGUUUCAGGGAGAAAUCCCAUCUUCUAUAGGCCAACUUAAAAAUCUUCAAGACUUGUAUAUUUCGGAGAAUGAAUUGAACUCAAGUAUUCCUUCUGAGCUUGGUCAUUGCACUCACCUCUUUGACUUGGAUCUGAGUUUAAAUUCACUCUUUGGAGCAUUACCUUCGUCACUGUCAUCUUUGACAAAGUUGUCUACCUUGGAUUUAUCAGAUAAUUUUCUUUCUGGUAAUAUUUCACCAAAUUUUUUCUCCAAUAAUUGGACCAUGCUAACAUAUUUGAACCUUCGGAACAAUUCAUUCAAUGGGAGUAUUCCAUCAGAAAUUGGCUUGCUAACCAAUCUUGAAUACCUUUCCUUGGAUUCAAAUCAAUUUUCUGGAAACAUUCCAACUCAUAUAGGAAACUUGCAGAAUUUAGUUGAAUUAGAUAUGUCUAAAAACAACCUUUAUGGUUCAAUACCUCAAACAAUUGGAAACCUCACAAGACUCUCAGUCUUACUCCUUUCUACGAACAAUCUCACUGGAACACUUUUGUCUGAGAAUGAGGAUCUAACACCAACACUUAUUUCUUCCACCAUUUGCAAUAUACAAUAUUCUCUAAAAAUUUUGGUUUUGGCAAACAAUUCAUUAUUUGGGCCAAUACCUCAUUGUUUAGGGAACAUUAGUAUCUCUGUGUUAGAUUUGCAUAGGAAUCAAUUUCAUGGGCCAAUUUCAACAAGUUUUAUGGUGGGCAACUCUUUGAACAGCCUUAACUUGCGUGAAAAUCUAUUAGAGGGAACAUUGCCGCCAUCUUUAAUCAAUUGUAAAGAGUUGAAAGUUCUUGAUCUUGGACACAACAACUUGAAUGGACGUUUCCAAUGUGGUUAG